UAAUAGCGUCCGCUGAGAUGAUUGAAAUUUCGGAAGAAAAUGUUAAACUUAUUCAAAAAUAUUUAAAUGGCAUUGUACAGUUUUUGUAUAUCAAUAGAUGGAUUUUAGAUGCAUACGUUUCGGACUUUUACUUUAAAAAUCAUUGGGAUAGACUACCAAGCCAAUGGCAACAGUCACUGGAAAUUUUGGAACCUGAGGAAUUAGCAGAGCUGUUGACUGCAGGACCAAUAUGUAGAAGACAGACACUGCCCUUGUCACUGUUGUGUUUUAGAGCCUGUUGUCAAAACUUUGCAUUGAACAGAAAUGUCCAAGAUACUAAAAGUGUUUGUCAACAAAUCAGAGGAAAAUAUUCACCUCUCAGAGAAGAUGAGCUCACACCAAGUGCUGUGCUACAUCCAACAGAGAGUGGCGGCCAGUUGCAUGCCUACUUCAGGAAGCAUGUGAAACCAAAGAAACAGCAUGAAAUAACUAAUCUUGGCAAGGUAAUUUAUGAAUUGUCGCGAGAGAUCGGGUGUGACCAUGUGGUUGAUGUGGGCUCAGGGCUGGGACAUCUCGCCCGACUGCUGGCAUUUGGGUUCGGGCUCAAUGUCACGUCAGUGGAGGCUGCGGACACUCAUGCACCAAAGGCCACCAAAUAUGACCGGGAAAUUGAUAGGGAGAUGAAGAAAAAGAUGGAGCUAACAGGCAGUGUUGCUCCUAUGCCUCACCAUGUGACCAGCAUGAUCUACCCCCAUAUGGGCACUCAACAGUUCAUGCAAGUCUUGGCUGGGCCUAGCAAGGAGUGGAACCAAAGCACUAUUACAAGCCUCACAGGGUCAAUUCUUGAAAGUACAUGUAACUCAGCAGAGAAAUCAUCAACAUUCAUGCAAGGGGUUCAAGCUGAAUCAGAUAAGACAGAAAAACAAUGUGUUCAAAAUAGUGAUACUGAUAGGAUGAUGGGUAAAUCAGGAGAUCAAGCUAACAAAAGACACAGUGGUGAAGACUUUGAGUGUGAGAUAAAUACCAAAACUUUGAAAUCAAAACACCAAGUGAUAUGUUAUCCAGAAAUAUCAACUCAAAAUCAAAACAUUGACCAAAUAUGCUCAUAUGAACAUUCACACAACAGAAGCUCAGAGCAAAUGUCAAAGGAAGCAGAUGAGAAUUCUGACUGUAAAGAUGAGGAAAAUGUCAUUAUAAAUCAAAAUGAGAAAUCAAGCGUCAAAGACUGUGAGCAGCAGGCCCAGUCAUCACUCGGAAACAAUGGAGAGAAAGCAAGGUUUAUCCUGACUGGCCUUCAUGCAUGUGGGGAUCUCACAGCCACAUUUCUCAGGUUCUAUGUCAAUUGUGAAGCUGCUGUGGGACUCGCCUCUGUUGGAUGCUGCUACAUGAAACUCUCUGACAGCAGCACCAGAGCCAAUGAUCUGGGUUAUCCAAUGAGUGAGUAUGUGGCUAGUCUACCUGACCACCAGCAGUCCUAUGCUUCCAGGGAAUUGGCCUGCCAUUUUGCAGACACCUACUACAAUAGACUGAAAGCCAACUCCCCACACCUGAUGAUCCACAGUUACCGUGCAGCUCUAGAGUGGCUGGCCAAUCAACUGAGUCCCGGCUUCCUAAGGACUGCUGUACAGAUACCAGCAAAGAAAACUAACAACAUGGACUUUAACAGCUAUGUUAGGCUAGGACUGGAGAAGCUGUGUAUACCCACGUCGGACCUCACAGACGAGAUGUUGGAGACAGCUAAAAAGAUGAAUGGCCACUGGAAGGAUGUGGUGGCCUUCUACACAAUACGCUUGGCACUCGCUCCUGUAGUGGAGAGCUUAGUUCUUCUGGACAGAAUGAUGUUUUUGUAUGAGAAAGGCAACAGAAGUGUCAUUGCUCCUAUUUUUGAUCCAAGCCUGUCUCCAAGAAACUUUGUUCUGUUAUCAUGGAAACAACAUCAUGAAUGACACUGUACCACAAACAGAUUUUGAUAUUGAUAUUUUUUUCACUAGACCACCGAGUAGUUUGCUUCAAAAUUGUAUGUUUUAUUAAAACUAUUUUGGAAAGUAUCAUUCAAUGAUUUGAAGUUAUUUUGUUUUCAGAUAUAUUUACAAACAUUACUGUUUUAUUUUGAUAUUAUCAUACUAUUUCUUGUAUAUUAUACAUAAACAAAUGUUAGUCAAGAUGA